AUGUGUACAAGGCAAGUUAGAGGUGAAAGGUUUCCAAGCUAUCCCCUUGGAACGAGAAAUCUGUUAAAAGCUUUGCCUCAUGUAAAGGGCUCUGCUUUGCGUAACUUUCAUUUUGCAGUGUCAUUUCUUUUGUUAUUAUUCGAUUGUCAUAUUGAAAUCAUAACAGUCGUAUGGCAAGCUGAAUGCAAUACUUCAUUUCGAACUUUUCCACGGCGAAAGCACGAUGGGCCCAACUAUGUGGAAACGAUAGGCGAUGGCUAUCUUUGCGUUAGCGGGCUACCUCAUAGGAACGGUCAGGAGCAUAUUAAGGAGAUAUGCAGCAUGUCGCUGGCAUUCAUGAAGAGUCUCAACAAUUUCAAAAUACCACAUCUUCCUCAGGAGAGGAUUAACUUAAGGAUUGGAGCUCAUACUGGUUCCGUUGUUGCCGGCGUAGUUGGCUUAACGAUGCCAAGAUAUUGUUUAUUUGGAGAUACUGUAAACACCGCCAGCAGAAUGGAAAGCAACGGAAAACGUUUGUUAAGAUAUAAAUGA